CUUUGGCUGCUGGCAAAGUGGAGCUCUCAGCAGCCUCCACGCCCAAAGCUGCUCCACCCUUUCCUCAUCCCGAAGUUGUCACUUUACAGUCUGAUGGGAGUUGUUUCCCAGGUAGCAGCUACAGGAUUGACAAUUAGAGAAAUGUGUGCUGAGUAGUAACUCAUAGCUGGCUGAGUGAAUUCGGGGAUAAACAGACAGCUCUAGGGCUUUCAGCAGCCAGUCGUCCCUGGGAACCUUGCUCCAAAGGCUCCCCCCAUAAGCCUUUCCUCCUCAGAAACUCAGUGCUGGCUACGACGAUGAGUUUCCAGAGCGGUGACUGGCAUUUGACAAAGGCUGUCCCUCUCCAAAACGCUGCCUGCACUAUUGAACACAAAGCCACAUUUCAAAGGAGACUGACAAAUUAUCCCCAGCUGCCAGAAGGAGAAAUCCUCACUGGGCAGCUUCCUGGUUCCUGUGGGGUUUUACCACAUUGUCUGCAAGGAUGAAAGCUUUCAAGUUGGUAAGAGAGAUGCUCUUCCUCACCAUCAUGUUUUCAGCCUGUUGUGCAGAAAUUCCAGUGACUGUGCUGUGCUCCCUGGACUGGUUUAUGGUCACAGUACACCCCUUCAUGUGGAAUGAUGAUGUGUAUGUACACUUUUAUGAGCUGCACUUGGGCCUGGGUUGCCCUCCAAACUAUGUUCAGCCACACAUCUACCAGUUCACCUACCGCGUUACUGAAUGUGGCAUCAGAGUCAAGGCCGUCUCUCCGGACAUGAUCAUCUACAGCACCGAGCUACACUACGCUUCUAAAGACACAUCAUCUAAGUAUGUGAUCCCAGUGUCGUGUACUACCCCCCGACAUUCCCCUUGGCUCACAGUGUCCCACUCCAGGCGAGUAGCCAGCCAGAGUGCAGCCUCAGCCCAUAAUGGUGAGAUGCGCUACCCAGAGCCCAGCUUGUCACUGCCCAGCCAAAGAGCCCACUGCGAUUGUAGAUUUUGUGUCUUCAGUGAAGAGCAUGUUCAGGCCCCUCAUCGCCAAGCAGAGGCUCAGGAGGCUUGUCCUGUGCAGUCAUCUUAUUUUUCUUCUAUUUCUGAGGAUUAGUGUCUUCACUCGGAUGAUCUGACUGAACUCAUGUGAUCCCCAAGGGUUGCCUGAGUUUCCUGAAGAUGUUUCUCGAGUUAACAUGUAGUAUAUUCUAAUUUCAGAAAAGUAAGUCCCAUUAUGGCCCUCUCUGAGGGAAAUUUUGAGAAAGAGCAACUCAUGGAAACUUUAUGAUUACACCUUUUAAAAAAAUUUUACAUCUUUUUAAAGAAACAAUAUAAAA